AUGACUAAGAAGCGAAAGCUCGAAGCUCAACCCAGCUCGGCUUCCGAACCUUCACAGAACCCAAACGAGGAGGAGCAGAUUGCAAUCAACAAUCUCCUUAAACAGGAAGAAGUCGAAUACGAAGAAGUAGAGGAAGAGCACGAAGAAGUCGAAGACGACGAAGAAAAUGAGAAUCGUAUCGUGACGACGACGAAUACGAAUACGACGACGUCUGGAUCUGGUGGUGGAUCUGGUGGUGAUGAUGACGAUGAUGAGCCGAUUCAAGAUCUGUUGGAGCCGUUUUCGAAGGAACAGCUUGUGACUCUCCUCAAAGAAGCGGCGGAGAAGCAUCAAGACGUAGCGAAUCGAAUCCGCGAAGUGGCCGACGAGGAUCCGGUUCACAGGAAGAUCUUCGUCCACGGACUUGGUUGGGACACCAAAACCGAAACCCUAAUCGAAGCUUUUAAGCAAUUCGGAGAGAUUGAGGAUUGUAAAGCCGUGUUUGAUAAAGUCUCUGGUAAAUCUAAAGGGUACGGUUUUAUAUUGUUUAAAUCCAGGUCUGGCGCGCGUAGCGCGUUGAAACAGCCUCAGAAGAAGAUUGGGAGUCGUAUGACUGCGUGUCAGUUAGCUUCUAAAGGACCCGUCUUUGGAGGAAUCAACAGCAGCAACCCGGCCGCGGCCUCGGCCUCCUCGGUUGUUGCUCCUGUGCAGAGCUCUGAGUUCACGCAGAAGAAGAUUUAUGUGAGUAACGUUGGAGCGGAGCUUGAUCCGCAGAAGCUGUUGGCGUUUUUCUCCAAGUUUGGGGAGAUUGAGGAAGGUCCUUUGGGUCUUGAUAAGUACACGGGGAGGCCUAAAGGGUUUUGCUUGUUUGUGUAUAAGUCUGCUGAGAGUGCUAAGAGGGCUUUGGAGGAGCCGCAUAAGAGCUUUGAUGGGCAUGUGUUGCAUUGUCAGAAGGCUAUUGAUGGGCCUAAACCUGGGAAGCAGCAGCAGCAACAGUUUGGUAACAAUCCUCGUUUUCAGAGGAAUGAUAACAACGGUGGUGGUUACGGGACUCCUGCUGGUCAUGGACAUCUUAUGGCUGGUGGUCAAGGUGGGAUGGGUACUCCGGUUCAAGGGAUGAAUCCUGCUCUUGGACAGGCGUUGACGGCUUUGAUAGCGUCGCAGGGAGGUUUGGCGUUUAAUCCAGCUAUUGGUCAGGCUUUGUUGGGUUCGCUUGGGACAGGUGGAGGUGUUAAUCCAGGGGGUGGAGUUGGAAUGCCGACUGGUUAUGGUACUCAAGGUAUGACACCUGGGAGUAUUCCUGGGUACGGUGCGCAACCUGGGUUGCAAGGUGGGUAUCAGACCCCGCCGCCUGGUCAGGGAGGUGCAGGAAGAGGGCAACAUGGUGUUGGGCAUUAUCCAUACAUGGGCCAGUAG